GUCCUCUCUAACAAGCUGGUCUACUCCAGUCUGAACCAGGCUGUCCUCUCUAAGAAGCUGGUCUACUCCAGUCUGAACCAGGCUGUCCUCUCUAAGAAGCUGGUCUACUCCAGUCUGAACCAGGCUGUCCUCUCUAAGAAGCUGGUCUACUCCAGUCUGAACCAGGCUGUCCUCUCUAAGAAGCUGGUUUACUCCAGUCUGAAUCAGGCAGUCGUCACUAAGAAGCUUGUUUACAUUAUUCACCAGUAUGAAGAAUUCACCCUUGUGCUUCAUUGUGCAGCAUCACAUCAUAUGGUCUCUAAGUUGUGUGGUCUCUAAGUUGUGUGGUCUCUAAGUUGUGUGGUCUCUAAGUGGUCUCUACGUUGUGUGGUCUCUAAGUGGUUUCUAAAUUGUGUGGUCUCUAAGUGGUUUCUAAGUUGUGUGGUCUCUAAGUUGUGUGGUCUCUAAGUUGUGUGUUCUCUAAGUGGUCUCUAAGUUGUGUGGUCUCUAAGUUGUGUGGUCUCUAAGUGGCUCUAAGUUGUGUGGUCUCUAAGUUGUGUGGUCUCUAAGUGGUUUCUAAGUUCUCUAAGUUGUGUGGACUCUAAGUUGUGUCGUCUCUAAGUGGCUCUAAGUUGUGUGGUCUCUAAGUUGUGUGUUCUCUAAGUGGUCUCUAAGUUGUGUGGUCUCUAAGUUGUUUGGUCUCUAAGUGGCUCUAAGUUGUGUGGUCUCUAAGUUGUGUGGUCUCUAAGUGGUUUCUAAGUUGUGUGGUCUCUAAGUUGUGUGGUCUCUAAGUGGUCUCUAAGUUGUGUGGUCUCUAAGUGGUCUCUACGUUGUGUGGUCUCUAAGUGGUUUCUAAGUUGUGUGGUCUCUAAGUUGUGUGUUCUCUAAGUGGUCUCUAAGUUGUGUGGUCUCUAAGUUGUGUGGUCUCUAAGUGGCUCUAAGUUGUGUGGUCUCUAAGUUGUGUGGUCUCUAAGUGGUUUCUAAGUUGUGUGGUCUCUAAGUUGUGUGGACUCUAAGUUGUGUGGUCUCUAAGUGGCUCUAAGUUGUGUGGUCUCUACGUUGUGUGAUCUCUAAGUUGUGUGGUCUCUAAGUUGUGUGGUCUCUAAGUGGUUUCUAAGUUGUGUAGUCUCUAAGUUGUGUGGUCUCUAAGUUGUGUGGUCUCUAAGUUGUGUGGUCUCUAAGUGGUUUCUAAGUUGUGUGGUCUCUAAGUUGUGUGGUCUCUAAGUGGUUUCUAAGUUGUGUGGUCUCUAAGUUGUGUGGUCUCUAAGUGGUUUCUAAGUUGUGUGGUCUCUAAAUUGUGUGGUCUCUAAAUUCUUAGCAUCUGUUUCCAUUUCUACCGUCCAGGCCUCUGAGCAGAGGUGUUCAUCCCGAGAGCACACACACACCAAAACACAAACACCACACACAAACCACACACACACCACACACACACACACACACACACACAACACACACACCACACACACCACACAACACACAACAAAACACCCAACACACACACACACACACACACCAACCCCACACACACACACACACACCACACCCACACACAACACCACACACACACACACCACAAACCCACACAAACCAACCCACACACACAAACACAACACACACACACACACAAACCACCCAAACACAAACCACACCUUCAAAAACACACACACACCAACACAAACACACACAACACCACAACACCACACACACCCACAACACCACACACACACACCACACACAAACCACAAACACACACACACACACACACACAACACACACACACACAAACACAAACACACACACACACACAGGUCAGUGAGCCAGAUGAAUAAAUAUACAUGCUGCAAAAAGAUUGCAUAUUGAAGUGAGAGGUGGUGAGUUUCUAGGUGACCAACCUGUUGAAGAUGAGAGAACACCUCAUAUGA